UUUGGGCUAUGUUGGCCGUUGGCUGACGCGGACCAGCGGCGCCGGGUGACAGCGGCCAAGAUGGCGGCGGCCGCGGUGGCGAGGAGCCUCCUGAGGGGCUUGAGCCCCGGGACGCCGCUGUUCACCCACAUCUCAAAAAGAACACUCGCAACACAGACCAGCAGCGAGCUCAGGAUAACCGGCAUUUUAAAGCAGAGAUUCCCGCAGGCGUCAACCAUCAAAGUGGUGGAUAUUUCAGGAGGCUGUGGGGCCAUGUAUGAAAUCCACAUUGAAUCUAAAGAGUUUGUUGGAAAGCGAAUGGUACAACAGCAUCAGAUGGUUAACGAGGUGUUAAAACAGGAAAUCCAAGAAAUGCACGGAAUUCGAAUAUUCACUACUGUUCCAAAGUGAUGGGAAUAACGCACUGAAGGAGAGGUGAGCUGACAGCUUGCCGCAGAGGCAGAGGAGUGUGAUUAAGCAGCGACUUUAUGCCUCGGAUCAAAACAGACACACACACAAACCUCGUGAUGGGUCCACGUCUCACACUUUAUACUGUUUCUGGCUGCCGGAUGUUCCUGGAUUAUUUGUUAUAACCCUUUCUAAGCCGUAAAGCCUUUCACUUUGCACUCAGAAGAAAAUGUACUGAAUGUAUGCUGAGACCGCACAGGAUAUUAAUAUUAAAUAAUUCCAUAAUUUUUAUGAA